AUGCUGGAGCAGGAAAAUCCUGGAAGCAAAACGAAUGUGCAACUAGAUGCUUUGCACAGGUUUGAGUAUCUGUUUGUUGCUUUGGGAGCGAGCAUUGAAGGGUUUCAAUGGAUGAGAAAAGUGAUAGUUGUGGAUGCAACGUUUCUGAAGACUGUAUAUGGUGGACAGCUUGUGUUUGCCACUGCUCAAGAUCCUAAUCAUCACCAUUACCCUAUUGCCUUUGGGAUAAUUGAUAGCGAAAAUCAUAGUAGUUGGCCAUGGUUCCUGGAAAACCUGAAAGCUGUUGUACCAGAUGAUCCUGAACUCGUUUUUAACGUAAAAGGGCAUGCUCAGCAAGGUGUUAAGAAAGACGAUGUUGUUGAUAAGUUCAUCAAAUGCGCUCAUGCUUAUACUGGGUCUGAGUUUAAAAAGGAGUUUGAUGAGUUCAGGAAGCUGUAUCCUGCGUGUGCUAAGUUUUUGGUUGACAAGAUAGAUGUGGAAAGGUGGGCAAGGUGCAUUUUUGAAGGAGAAAAGUAUAACUUAGACACCAGCAAUUCUUGCGAAUCUAUGAAUAGUGUGUUUAGGAAAGACAGAAAGUUGUCUCUCUUACCAAUGCUUGAUAAGAUAAUAGAGAAAUUCGCUUUUUGGUCCAACAAGUAUAGGAACGAAUGCGCUUCAAUGCCAAGUACAAAGGUCGUUGUGCCUUUUGUGGAGAAUGUUCUUCACGAAAGAUGUCCAAUAGCUAAGCGUUUAACGGUCAGGGAGGUAAAUGGUCAGGAAUUUCUGUUCGACGUAUUUGGUUCAGAUGGUGUGGUAUAUCUUGUGGAUUUGGCGAGCAAAACUUGCGUGUGUAGAAUGUUUGACAUUGACAAGUACCCGUGUGUCCAUGCAAUUGCCGCACUCAUGGCAAAGAUAAAGAAGGAUGGAAGAAUGUCGACUCUUUCUGUAUAUGAUUUGUGCUCCAGAUACUAUUUGGUUGAGACAUGGGCACGAGCAUAUGUGAAAACGAUCUAUACAGUGCCCCAUAUCUCAACUUGGGCAAUCCCGGAGGAUGUUCUGAAAUUGUUCGCUUAUCCUCCUGAUUACACAGCAAAAAGAGGAAGAAACCAAGAAGAACGACAUCCAUCAGAAGGAGAAAGUCGUAAAAAGAAGAAGAAGAAAACGAGUAACAAGUGUAAGCCUCAUCAGGAUUUGGGUGUUUUUUUUUAA